AUGUAUCCGAUCUAAUUAUCUUUCUAAUUAUCUUAUUAUUUUUAAGUAAGUAUCUGAUUAUUUUCUUAAAAGCUGAAUUUAAUUAUUAAUGCAAUUAAAAUCGAUGCCAAACCAAAUAUUAAAAACGGAAAAUAAAAACCACCUAUUUCAUAAAGAAUUGAGCCAGCAACUGCUCCUGCUAGAUAGCCAAAUGAAGAGAAAAAUUCAAUUAUGGCCAUUUUUUGAGCUGUUGUUUCUGG